GGAGUAUGUCCAAGUAUUUAUUAUUAUUAUUAUAAUAAAUAAGACAUGUAAAAACCUUUGUUUACUUUUUAUUUGGCAAUGAUUAAGUUUAAUAUUUUAAUUUUGACGAUCUCCAUAACGUUAUAUAAAUUUGUAAAUGCGCUAGCAACACGGAGAGCCAUUAUACCUAAUCCCAGUAACAACCCAAACAAUCUAAGGUGUAACCCAGCCAAGCGUGAUUAUGACUAUUAUGCUUGCUAUAACAUUACUCCUGACAAUUUUAGCCCUCAAAUGCAAAAACCAGUAAAUCAAGAUUAUGACGUCACAGAAGCAGCGGUCGCUCAAGAACUGGAAGUUCAUGAAAAUGAAGCAUAUGCUUGGUCCGUAUCGGAUUCAUACCAAACUGAAGAACCUACUGUUGAACGAACACCUGGUGUUUGGGAGCAUGCUGAAUAUGUAACUGCAAAUGGUGAAAUAGCCAACGAGGAAGCAGACUACGACGAUAUUGAGGGAUAUGUCACCGACGGACACGAAAAUGAAAAUGUCUAUGACGGUGCAGCUAAUUUUAAAAUUACCAAUGACCCCAAUGCACACGAGGAGAUGGUUCAAGAUUAUGGAUACAUAAUUAACAAUGAAUCAACUGAACUUAAUACUGGACUGAAAUUAAAAAGCGACGAGUACUAUGAGUACGAUGAAUACGACACAUAUGACAAGGACAAUGACAAGGACAAUAACUACGACCAACACGGUGAUUCCGGUGAACAUGAGAAUGCUAUACAAAAGCUACAAAAGAAAACGACAACAACAAAGAAAACAACCACAACAACAAAAAAGACAACAACAACGACAUCACCAACAACAACAACAACACCAACUAUAAUUUCAUCGAACACGACCAUUCACGCCAUCACAACGGAUACGCCAUCGACUGUGAUAAUUUGGGAAUUCGGGACAUCACCUACUGCUCAACGACUACCUCCUGACGUCAGUAUAUGCAGCGAAAAUGCGAGGUGUCGUUUUCCAUUUGGAUACCCCAAUGAAACAACUAAAUUUCAAUGACAAAUAAGUCUACUCAGAAAGCGAAAUAAGAUCUAGAAGAUUUAGUUAUUGCUAUUGAAAUGUUGAAUAACUAAUCAGAAAAAUCAUUUAAAAUCAACUUGAUUAAUUCUGAAUGCCUAAUACACCCAGAACCUUUAAUUAAAAGAAAAAUAAAUUGCUUUUAGUGAUUUGAAUGAGAGUUAUUUUGAUGAACAUUUCCUCUGACCACAAAGUUCAGAUCUAAACCAAAUUCUUGCAAUGUCGCCCCGAAGGUAUGUCUUAUUACAUAAUACUAAGAAUUAUGGAAAUUGAAAUGAAAAUAAUUAUAAUAUUAUUAUUAUUAUACCGCCGAAUUACUGACUAAUUCUGCUCAUGAAUAACUCUCUACUCAAAACUAUUAUAUGGUACGUGCACUCAACAACC